AUGAAGCCAGCCCCGGGGAAUGGAUCCAGUGGCAAUAACAGGGGCAGGGGGCACUGUGAGAUGAGGAGCCAGCGUCUGACACUAUCAGAGACCAGCACUCUCAGGGCAGUGAAUGAUCCUAAGAGCUCCCUGAUCCACACGUUGAGGAAGAGGAGAUCUUUGACUGUCCUGACCUUCAGGUCCAAACGGGCACGGAGGAUCGAUGCCACGCUGGAACUGAUGUCAGGGAUGGCGUUUGCCAAGCGUCUUCUGAAGUGGCGUCUCAUGCCGGAGGGGUACAGCGCUCACCUGACCCUGAUGGAGCAGCGUCUGGCACUCAGGCAGGCGUUCCGGCGCUGGAGUGAAGUGGUGCCCAUUGACUUCCAGGAGGAUCUCACCGCACCCAUGCAAGAGAUUGACAUCAAGCUGGGAUUCGGAACGGGCCGUCACUUGGGCUGCCCGCGGGUGUUCGACGGAGCAUGGCAGGAGCUGGCACACAGCCUGCCACAAGGGGACAUCCACUUUGACGACAAUGAGGUCUAUAGCACCUCCGACUCCCACCCGGGGGUCAGCCUGCUCAAGGUGGCAGUUCAUGAGAUAGGCCAUGUCCUGGGGCUGCCCCAUCUCCUCCGCCCCGGCUCGGUGAUGCACCCCUACUACUCCCCCACUGGCAGCACCCUGGAGCUGGACUCAGAGGACAGGAGGGCUAUUCAGCAGCUAUACGGGGUGUGUGAGGGGCCAUUUGACACUGUUUUUGACUGGGUGUGGAGGAAGACCAAUCAGCAGGGGGAGCCAGUGAUCCGCUUCAACACCUAUUUCUUCAGGAAGGGCUGGUACUGGCUGUAUGAGAAUCGUAAUAACCGCUCGCGCUUCAGGGACCCGCGGGAGGUGCGCUCAGGCUGGCUCGGGAUUCCUGUGGAGAGCAUCGACGCCUUCAUUCACGUCUGGACCCGCUGUUGCAAUGCUGCAUACUUCUUUAAAGGCACGCAGUACUGGCGCUAUGACAGUGAGAAUGACCAGGCUUACACUGAGGACCCACAGGGUCACCGAUACCCCCGCACAAUCUCACAGGGCUUCCCUGGCAUCAGCGGGCCCAUCGACACUGCUUUCUUCCACAGGCGAGAUCACUGCAUCUACUUCUUCAGAGGACACAUGGUUACAGCGUUCAAUGUCAGCAGUAACCAGAAGCUUGUGGGCUUCCCCAGGCGGAUCCUGGAGGUUUUUCCAGCGAGUGUCCCUGGUGACCACCCCAUUGCACACCUGGACGCUGCAUACUACUCCUACAGCCACCAGGCACUCUUCUUACUCAAAGGGCUGUUCUUCUGGCAGGUGGCAGGGGCUCAAGACAGAGGCAGGGAGCCCUCCCUGCCCUACAACACCCUGCUACCCCACAGGAGAGUGGCCGAGCAGUGGCGUGAUAUCUGUGACGUCCACUCCAGCAUACUGACCUAUAGAUGA